CAUAUUCAAGCUGCAGUAAAACCAUGUUUGUUCCUUCUAAAGAAAAUUGUGGGCUUUGAGUUGGAAUUAGAUUUUUUUUUUUUUGGCAUAGUACCUAAAAUUGGUUUCUCAGUUUGCCUUGAGCUUGCUUGAGUUUCCUAAUCCUUACAUCAUUUGGUUUGAGGCUGCUGUGCUUUUUUUGCGUGACUUUUGUGAGCUUGGUUCCUGCAACGAGUGAUUUUUAAUUUUGCACUUGUGGUUGGCUGUCUCCUUUGAGCAGCAGAAGCAGGAAAACGCAGUCCCUCGACCGCAGCUACGUGAGGGUGGACCACCGGCGGGGCGUGUGCUCUGACAGCCUGUUCAGGUAUAUGUGCGAUGAUUCUGACGAGGAUGAUGAUAAUGAGGUGGGCUAUGCCGAUCCUGUCCAGGACGAUCUCUAUGCCCGUAAGAUAGGCGCCAAACCUCAGCGGGCGAGCAGCGUGUCUUAUAACAAGUUCUUACCAAAGUUCUGGACGCCCGAAGAAGACGUUCAUAUACAGAAGAUCAAACUGGGCUCUCAGAGGAGGCCCUGGUACAAGGAGAUGCAAGGCUUCAGCCGUCAGAGGUCCGGCUCUUCGUCUGACGACUCAGAGGGCGGCAUUGGUCCUUGGUUCUCUUCUGCUCCCCCUUCUUCUGCAACCUCCCCCUCUCACUCCCACAAACACGAGACCCCAGCUCAAACCAUCCAUGUUGUCAAGAAAAGUCCUCAUGUCCAAGCACACCCUCCCCCACAGCUCCCCAAGAUAGAGCCCCCUCUUUUAGAGAUCCCUCCUCUGAUGUUUGCCCCCGUGGACCCCACCUCAGGUCCCAGACUGGUCAAAUGUGAGAAAUGGCCGCUUUUGGGGCGCGAAGACCCCAGAGAGCCACCGGACCCCAUUGACUAUGAAAGCAUUGACCCGGACUUGGAGAACGAUGACAUGUUCGCCAGGCGGACCCUGUCGUUUCAGUCCAACGCGGACUUGGCCGCGUUCAAGACUCGGCUCCCCGCCAAGCGCAGACUCCACUCGUCUGAGCCGCAGCUCAAUAUCGUCACACGGCAACACCUUCACGGAGACACAGAGGAAGACGAUUUUCCAGACAUUGAGCGGGACGAUGUCGUUUAUCGCAGGGAGAAAACUCAGAGGCAGCGAGCACUUUCAGGGGCCCCAGACAACUACGCCCCCAUGCACAUCCCGGAGCCCUGGGCCCUCCCUGCUGAUCUCAAAGCCAGACUCCUCUGCGCCCCCUGCCCUCUGACUCAGGAAGUGACCGCAGCUGAACAGGAUAAAGCUAAGAAUGAGCUCCAGCCAGAAAAGGAUGACAUGCUGGUUCGGAAGCUGCGAGAUUGUUCCGAUCAUAGUCAGCAGAGAGGCCCGUUGGCCGGUCGCAUGACUCCCUCCGUACCUUCCUCCUGUAGCGAAGGCGACCUGCAGAGGUGGCAGGCAAUCAGGGAAGCCUCUCAGCUAAGAUACAAGAGGAAGCUUUUAUUGGCGAGACUAGUGGCUCUGAAGGUGUAGAAGCAGAUUGAUGUAAAACUUCUGAUCUGUGUACCAUUUACUACCCCUGUGUCAAAUGAUACAUGAGUUUUGAUGGAUGUGGAGUCAGUCGGAGGUUGAACUUUUAUCCAGUCGUGCUCUUGUUUAAAAUGAAAAGCUGCUUCCUUUAUUUCACUGCGUCACUUUAAAACAUGUUGCUACAAGCCCCAUAGAAGGAGAUAUAAUGACAUUUGCUGUAGAAAAAGCCUAUUUAGUUAUUGACAUGGGCUGGUAUCACUUUGUCACUGUUUGGUGACUUUGAGUGAAAAUACAGUUUGACGGUAUUUAUACAAGAAAGUUGAAACAAAACAACACAAAAUAAUCUAUCUGGUUAAAUUGCACCAUAAUAUUGCUGUUGUAAUUACUAUUGGUUAUAAUGCUAUAAUAUGCUUUUGCAUUUUUCUUUUGACACAUUGGCUUAAGCAAAAAUACAGUAAUAAAUACCAACUAAAUUUAGCUAAUAGUAAUUUGUGCUUAUUGCCCAAAAUAGUAUGUGUUUGUUGUUUGGCUCCUUAUAGAGUAGCAGGAAUGGAUCUAACUUAUAUCAGCUGUUUAAUUAGUUUGGCAAUCAACUCAUAGGCAAUAAUGCAGUAUUUUGCCAAUAAUGUAAGAAAGGUUUAGGUCCUUCAGGAUAACAACAUUUUGUCAAUAAUUAAAUUGAUUAAGUUAUUACUUUAUUGUUGUAGUUCCAAGAAACACAGGGCUUUAUAUGCAUUAUACGACUAUCCACGGCAGUGAUUACAUUUAAAUUAGUUUUUUAAUUCUGAACCAAAGAGGUAAUAACUUUUUGUUUUGUUACUGGCAAUAUAGCAGUUUAUUAUUAGAUAUUAUAAACUUUAUUACAUUAUUGAAAAGGUAUUUGUGUUAAUAGCUUUAUUAUAUUCGGAAUUUCAAAAAUUAUCACUUUUUUUGCUGUUAUUAUGUUUUUGACAGUGAGCUGCUCAUAGCUUACCUGUAGUUUUAAAGUAUCAUAAGAGACUGACUUUGGGGCUGAAAAUAUUUACACUGACAGAUAUGUCUUGUUAGCGUAGUUCUCUUUUCAGCCAGAUGACCAGCAGUGUGGAGUAAUGGCAUCUUGUUAAAAGGGUUUUAAACCAAAGCAAUGAUAUGAUGGAAUAUUUUUUUAAAACAUUUGUCUUCCUUGCCCAUGAGAAGUUUCAAUUUUGUUUCCUCUUAUUUUUAGAAUUAAUACUUUAUUAUUCUGAAAAGGGUUACGGUUCAGAGGUGCAUGUUGUUUACCUUCAGCUUGAACUCCCCGGUCGUGCAAUGGACAUACUGCUCCUGCGUGUGGGUGUGAGCAAAAACCCCAAACUUCUCUUUGGUCGGAAAGCAUUUCAUGAACAAACUGGUCCCAUAUAUUUUCAUCUUUAGUUUGUUUUCUUGGGAGUCUGAAUUUGCCUGUAAAUUGUAAAUCUCUAUAUUUCUGCUUAAUAAAAUAAAAGAAACAACUUCAUGACUUUGCAUUGGAACCAGUUGAAUUUAUCCCCGAGCCAUGAAUCUGACCCGAGUUCAGUGCCGCCUCUUCAGCUGCAAAGAACUUCACGCCAACAUGCGAAACUCGCAGUGCAGCAGCAAGACGGGGCAGACACGAAAUACAGCACCCCCGAUACUGCAACACGUCAGGCAGUUUAAUGUGCGGCAACAUUUAUUAGGGGGUAAAGAAUUUCCCCAUAGCUCUGAAAGUACAUGCGACAUGUGCGCUCUUUUGGUGAGCAGAACUCAAUAGUUUUCACCACAGGCUGGGCACACAAUGCAACCAUUUAAGCUGAGUCAAGCUCAUCUGGAUUUACUUCGCUGCCAUGUGUGAAGUUACGUUUGCAUCAUGGAGUCUGUGGAGAGGAUGUGUUGCUUAGAGGGAAAUCCAAACACACCUCUAUUAAGUAAGGAGCUCUAUACAGUAGAGUCAAUUUUGGUUCUUGUAUGAAUGGAGCUUAGGAAGCUUUCUCCACUCCACUAAAGCCUUUUAAAAUGCAGGAAAUUAUCUGUGAUUAUGGGGUGUGAUUAAAUAUUCCAUAGAGCUCUGCACAAAGCACACUGGCUAGCCUGUUUUUUGUUUGUUUUUUUCUCAGCAGAAUGAG